AAUGAGCAGAAUGAGUAACUGGAAGGAGGCCUUCAAUUCUUUCUUGUGACUCUAUAGUUUCUACAAUUAUCGUAAAAAUGUUCCUCCCCCUCAUUGCUAUCGCUGUUGUCCUUUCCACAGCUGCACAAGCCCAUUUCCAGAUGCAAUAUCCUAUUCCACGAGGUCCUUUCGUCCAAGACUUAGAACCAACGUUCUGUGACGGUUAUACCAACGCCGUGGAUAACCGUACCACAUUUCCUCUUAGUAACGGGAUCAUCAACAUGAACAGCGAACAUCCGUUGUGGACAGCGGAGGUCUUCAUCUCGACGUAUCAAAACCCAGAUAACUUUAGCGAUUUCAAUUCUAGCUCUGGUUAUCAAGUUGUAGUUCCAAUCUUCCAGCAAAGCGGGGAGGGGCUGUACUGUUUCCCUAUCGAUAUCGAUGCUGCUGCAGUAAAUGUGUCUGGAAUUCAAGAUGGCGCCAACGUUACCAUUCAGGUUCUAUUCAACGGUGGCGAUGGUAAUCUCUACCAGUGUGCGGACUUGACUUUAUCUGCUAACAUGACGGUUCCUCCGGCCAGCGCCUCGUCCGGUUGUACGAACGUUUCGUCUUCUUCGACUAAGAGCAGUGCCGGUAAAGGGGUAGAAGUUGGAACAGGAAUUUUCAUCGCGGGAGUACUUAGCAUGGCGAUGAUGCUACUUUCCGCUCUAUGAAAGGGUAGUAUACGGCAUCUUCUCCAGCGGUGUACUUCAGCACUUCUUUUAUGUAUCCGUCAAAUGAACCUGGGCAGACUUUUCAUUUCAAUUGAAUUCCAACUGCGACUGCCUGUGCUUAUGUAAUGUAGACUGGAUGACUAAUCUAUGUCCAUUGAAUAUGUUUUGACAAUGUUUUGAGC